CAGGCCGGGAGUGUAUGACGACGACGAACAAGCGGCAGCAAAGUCUCUUGAGAGGCGGAGACGAUCGCAAGGCGAGCAGCAACACCACCAUGCCCGGGCGGAGCUCCAGCUUCCACAAGACGGUCACCAAGCUCGUCCUCAAAGGCCUCCAGGAGCUGGCGAGCUUGCGGAGCAGCCGGAGGAGCGGCAGCUACAGCCCACUGAGCGGUGACAAGAGCUCCUACUCAAGAACCGCCGAUGUUCCCAGAGGAUACCUCGCCGUCUACGUUGGCGAGCAGCACCAGGAGAGGUUCAUCGUUCCGACCAAUCACCUCCACCAUCCCAUCUUCAAGGUGCUGCUCAAAAAGUGCGAGGAGAAGUUUGGUUUCUGCCACCAGGGACCGCUGCAAAUCCCCUGCCCGGUCGAUCUCUUCCACCUCCUCCUCUGGCACAUUGAGAACAGCGACGUCGUCCUGGAUUCCUCGCAGGCUCAAGAGCUCGUCGAUCUCUAUGUCGUCAGCCUGGAGAAUCUUUAGCAAAGCAACUAUAUCCUACACGAUAUUCUUGAAAGCACAAUGUAGGCCGCAAACCUCAAGGAUUUCUUUCUUUCUCUUGCA